AUGGCAGACAUAUUCCCCACGGGAUAUUUCUGUGCUUCUCGCUUUCUAAACACAUUAUCGGCAGAGGAAGCUAAAUCAAGUGCCACGGCUGUGGCUUGGUGCGGCCCGUUUGGAAUAUGCGCUAUUGCAACCGCGUUGACACGAUACGAUACCGUUUUUGCCACAUGGUCCCACCUUGCAGAAGCGGAGUGUCUAGGUGCAAAGACGCUGUUGCUCACUGAAGAACCGGGCGCGGCUAUCGAGGCUGCGACCGAUGGACGCGGUGCGGAUGAUGUGCUCGAGUUGGUGGGAACACUUGAUGCCAUGCGCCUCUGCCUGGAUAUUUUGCGUCCGUUCGGUAGUAUCGGCAGCGUGGGUGCUCAGACGGAAACAGUUGCUCUCGAGGGUCCGGUGCUAGACGGUAAAAAUGUGACCAUCGCAUGGGGACGGUGUCCUGUGCAUGGUAUCUUCGAAAAGGCCCUUCAGACACUGGGCAAGGUACGAGACAAAAUGUCCUUCUUAGGUGAAUGCUCCAUGAAACUGGAAGAGGCAGCGGAGGCAUAUCGGUAA